AUGAAAGGAGAUCAGCCUUGCAGUACUCCAAUUGCUACUUCAACCAAACUUUCUAAGGGUGAUGGUGCUUUACUUGAUAAUCCUACAGAAUACAGGUCACUUGUGGGUGCAUUGCAGUAUCUGACCUGGACAAGGCCAGAAUUAUCCUUUGCAGUUAACUUGGUCUGCCAACACAUGCAGCAUCCAAGAAACACUCAUAUGGAUGCUGCAAAAAGGAUACUGAGGUAUGUAAAAUGGACUUUGGGACAUGGUCUUCACUUCACUACAGGCAACAGUUUUUUAUUGGGUUUUUCUGAUGCUGAUUGGGCUGGCUGUGUGGAUGAUAGAAGAUCCACUGGAGGUUACUGUAUAUUUCUUGGAUCUAAUGUCAUUUCUUGUUCACCUAAUAAACAGUCUACUAUUGCCACAUCCAAUAUUGAAGCAUAA